AUGUAUGCACAAUACGUGAAAGUCAUCAUCACGCUAGAACGUCUUGCCAAAGUCCGAAACGAUCCCUAUCCAAAAUUAUUACUUCUCUUAUUUGUGGUCUUUAUAUUCCUUCAUGCUUUGGAAAUGUACCUAGCCAACAAACUUACUCUCUACGAUCGUUUUGAAAAUAUGUUUGCGAAUAGUGUGUUCAUUUCGUUUGUGUGGCCGAAUUUUCUUCCGGCACAAUUAAAGAAAGUAGCAAGCUUACUCUAUCAAAUUACACGAUGGAACGUGUGGUUGAAUUUUCAAAGACUAUUUGAAGAAAUGGAUCGAUUUGCAGAGAAAUAUAUUGCACCUAUCACGAGAGUGGUCUUGUUUUUAUUAAUGUCUUACACGAUCAUCAAGAUCAUUCAAGCACAUUUUCUGAGCAUUCAGGAAAAUUUGGAGAAUGAAGUUCUUGUAUCUACAGAGUCGUAG